UUGUAGUAAAAGUAAAUGACCUCAUUGUAUGGUCAAAAAAUAUAAAAGUAUGGUACCAUGCAUACUUUACAUCUCAUCACUUGGUACCUAAAAUAGCAUCAGUGCUUAAAAAAUCUGGACACUUAAUGUAGAUACUCCCUCACUCUUUACACACACACACACACACACACACACACACACACACACACACACAGAUUUUCAUAGCUGGAGAUAGUGGGCUGUGUGAUUAGUUGUCCGUCUCAGGUUUCUCUCCAUUUGCCGUCUUUCUAAAUCUACCAUUUGCUAAUACUUGACACCGGAUCAGCUUCACAUUCUGGGAGAGAUCAAGAAAGACUGGAAGACAUUUUGGACUUUCCAUCUGAGGACUCCAGACAUCCGUUCUUAAAUCAUACAAAGUGCUGCUCACUCAGGAUGGCUGCCACCAAGACCCUCCGUCAGGAAAGCGGGUCAUCCAGUGCUUCAGAUGUGGGGAGCAAUGCAAAGGAGAGGUGCUGCGAGUCCAGAACAAUCACUUCCACAUAAAGUGCUUUACCUGCAAAGUGUGUGGCUGUGACUUGGGUCAGAGCGGCUUCUUCAUGAAGAAUGGCGACUACCUCUGUCCGCUGGACUUCCAGAGGCUUCACGGCACCCUCUGCAACAACUGUGGGGAAUUUGUGGAGGGAGAAGUGGUCACAGUCUUGGGGAAGACCUAUCACCCAGCAUGCUUUGCCUGCACCAUUUGCAAGCAGCCCUUUCCUGCUGGGGAUUGUGUCACCUUCAAUGGAAAAGACUGCCUGUGUCAGCGAUGUAUUCGGCCUGUGACUCCCACUCCUAACGACAUCAACCAUUCCAGUAACUGCAGUGGCUGUGGGAGAGACAUCAAGAAUGGCCAGGCUCUGUUAGCCCUCGGUGGCCAGUGGCACCUGGGCUGCUUCAAGUGCAAAGCCUGCAGGAAAGUGCUGAGCGGAGAAUACAUCAGCAAAGAUGGUGUUCCUUAUUGUGAGAGAGACUACCAGAUUCAGUUUGGGGUGCAGUGUGAAGCAUGUCAGAGGUUUAUAACAGGGAAAGUCCUUGAGGCAGGGGACAAACAUUAUCACCCGAGUUGUGCAAGAUGCAGCCGAUGUGACAAAAUGUUCAAAGAAGGAGAAGAAAUGUAUCUGCAAGGAUCGACAGUCUGGCACCCGGACUGCAGAGACAGCAGCAGAACUGAGGACAGUUACAGGCCCACUAGAUCCUCGUCUGAAAGCUCCUGUUCCCGGCCGGGCUCAUGCACUCCAGGAAGUCCUGGUCGAACUAUCUGUGCAAAAGUAGAUAAUGAGAUCAUUGAUUACCGAGACUUAGCAGCAAUUCCCAGAGUCAAGGCUAUAUAUGAUAUAGAGCAUCCUGAUAUGAUAUCCUAUAAGUCUGUGAACGACAACUCCUCUGCUUUGGACAACAAAGGCAACAGACAGGACAGGCAAAACCCCACAGAGUCAACAGGAAAUGAAUCUGAAACCACAGAGGAGAGUUUUGAAAUGAGAAAAUGCAUACCAAAAUCUGCAAGCCAUGGACCUUUUGGAGUUCAUGCUCUAUACAAUCGCCACAGCUACACCCCGACCCUGUCCAGAUCACCGCAACACUUUCAUAGGCCAGGGGUGAUGCUUUCUCCCUCUUUAUUCUCUGGCAACAAUGACACCUGCUCCGCUUCCCCUUUAUGCCACCACUUUCUCCCUCAAGAUGAAGGCUUCCACAUGUACAGACGGCCUCCAAUCUAUAAACAGCAAGAUCCUAAUUCAUCUACAUCCCAAACAUCCUCUUUGCCUGGGUAUGGACGUAAUGGUCUCCAUCCGCCACAAUCAGCUGAUUUCUCCCACUACAACGGUGACAGAUUCAGAGAUUUUAAGGUAUGUGCUAAUGGAGUAUUGUGUGAUCUUGAAUCCCUGGUUAUGCUUCCUCUCCCUGUUUAGUUUACUGCACUUCCAAACGACUGACCUCACCGCACUGUCUGUGUGUUUAAAGAAAUGUGCAGUUAACUCAGCUUCAAUUCACAGAUGUGCUUGUAUAUAUCUUCAUUGAUUCAUGAGUUGCACCUAUUACAUAACUGACUCUUUAACCACACAUCUUUUAAAUAUGCUUUACUGACAGUAAUCUGGCCGUUUGACCUUUAGCUUUGAAGUG